AUGAGUGGUGAAAGCAGUAGUAAUAGUGGUGUGAAUGGUGUGACGGGUUUGGACUGUACUAACGCUAGUCGUGGCGUUUGGUUAGUCAAAGUGCCGAAGUAUAUGAGCAACAAAUGGCAAAAAGCACUUCCACUCACAGAAGUCGGCCGACUCUCCAUCACUAAGUAUACCACAACUGACCACCACUUCAACACUUCCGCUCACUUUUCGCUCUCACCCACAGUGACCAAAAGUGAGACAAACGACUCCUCGGCGGUGAAACAAGUGAUGAUUCCGACCGAACAUCAGUUCGCCAUCUCUGACAUUAAGAACCAAACGCUCGCCGUUUUCUCCCAGAUGUCAGAGGAGUCGUCCACAUCAGGUCUGGCACUGGAGGGCAAUGUUGUCCAGAAGGGCGAGUGUCGGCCCAUCGGUAACGAUAACUACAUGAACCUGAAGAAGGAGACCAUAAGAAAGGCCUCACAACCGGCCAGAACUGUGCAACAGUUGGAUAGGGCUGUCAUCAACUAUAAGCCAAUCUCAGCGCACAAAUCAGAUGUGAUUCACAACUUAUUG